CAUAGACUUUAUGCUCUUAACAUUGGGGAUAAAUACUGGAAAGGAUUUCGGAUGUUUUGGUUCUGGGAAAGAAUUUGUACCUUUUUUAUAACUGUUGUCUGAUUCACUAGACGUUUGAAGUGGCGUUUCGGUUUUGCAAUAUUGCAAUUCACUAGAAUUGGUAGGCUCUUUCUUCAUAUUGUUUUCUAAAUUAACAUCAAUGCUUCUUUUAUCCUAACUAGUGACAGCAACCUCUCGUUCACGCCCAUCAUAAUAGCUUUUGUCAAAGUCUACAUUUUCGUUUUCAAUUACGUUGGCGGAGUGAGUAGGCAGACAUGGGUAGGAAUGAUCAUCCAGAACGUUCUGCAAUGUUAUGAUAGAAAACCACUAAUAAUACAACAAUAAACUUAACCUAUAAACAAGUAAAAAGAAAAGUAUUAUAAACACAAAAGGCUUCAAUUAGAAAAAGGAAUAAGAGUUAUUUUUCACGUAUUUGAAAAGGCUUAUUAGAAUAUUAUAAACAAACACUAUUUGAAAUAUAUCAUGUAAGAGUUUAUAACCUAUAAACACUGAAGACAAAAAUAUAGGCAUAGUAAUCGCCUCAGAGUUUGUUCAUAAAGUAAUAAUAAUGAAAUAGACAUAGAUACUCUUUAUGUUCCUGUUAUAAGAAAAAUGACGGUGUUAUUAUGACAUUUCAGCCAAAAGAAUUGGCCCUUUUCGUCGGGGGUAAUUCACUGUGGAGUUUGUAAUUUCUUUUAUACUCUUUGUUCGUGAUGUGUUUUGUUUUGUGUUACCGUGGCAUGUAAACAUAACCAAGAAGCAGAACUACAAACGUUCGUAAUCAAGAUUUUGUUCGUUAAAAUUGAUAACUUAUUCACCGGAUUUAUCAAGCAUUAAGAAACCAAAAGUUUUAAAUAUUACAAAUGGGUGAUUCAAGCAAUAAAAAUAAAUAUUCAAUUCUUCUUCCUACAUACAAUGAACGUGAAAACCUCCCUAUAAUAGUUUGGUUAAUAGUGAAAUUCAUGGAUGAAAGUGGUUAUGACUACGAAAUAAUUGUAAUAGAUGAUGGCAGCCCAGAUGGUACACUGGAAGCAGCAAAACAACUUGAAAAAAUUUAUGGCACAAAGAAAAUUGUUUUACGACCAAGGGAGAAGAAGCUUGGUCUUGGGACAGCCUAUAUUCAUGGGAUAAAGCACGCUACUGGCAACUUCAUUGUCAUUAUGGAUGCUGAUCUAUCCCAUCAUCCCAAGUUUAUCCUGGAGAUGAUAUCUCUGCAGCAAGAGCAAAACUUGGACCUGGUGUCAGGUACUCGCUACGUUGGGUCAGGUGGCGUUUAUGGCUGGGACUUCAAGAGAAAGUUGAUUAGUCGAGGAGCAAACUUUAUCACUCAGUUGCUGCUGAGGCCCGGGGCCUCUGAUCUCACAGGAAGUUUUAGAUUGUAUAAGAAGGAUGUGCUACACAAAUUGGUGGAGUCCUGUGUUUCGAAAGGCUAUGUCUUCCAGAUGGAAAUGAUCAUUAGAGCUCGGCAGCUUAACUUUACCAUCGGAGAGGUUCCAAUAACAUUUGUAGAUCGAGUGUAUGGGGAGUCCAAACUUGGAGGUUCAGAGAUAUUCCAGUUUGUCAAGUCCUUGUUGUAUCUGUUUGCUACAACAUAAUUUGAUUUUCAUUUACUUUGUGAAGGAACAUUCCAUUUUAUGUAUAUACUUGUACAUAUCGUAAUCAUGACAUCUAUGUACCUUAAAUACUGAUUUACCAAAAUAUGUUUCUAUUACCUAAUGAAAAAGAAGAGACAAUAAAUUAUACUCUUUACA